CAGAGCCGGUCAUGGAUGCGCCGCGUGGUACUUCUCGCAUUUGGGUGCCGAGCUAUGAUUUACUUCGUACCCUCCUAAUCCAAGAAUCCCACGACAACCCUACCUCAGGCCAUUUCGGCGUCGAUAAAACCACGAAGAUGUUGCAGCGGAAUUAUUACUGGCCGAACAUGGCCGAUGACGUGCGCAAGUACGUGUCCUCCUGCACUGCCUGCCAGAUUAUGAAAUCGUCGCAUCAACGAGCAGCCGGACUACUACAGCUGUUGGAUCCGCCCGGGCGACCCUGGCAACAGGUCACGAUGGACUACGUAACAGGACUACCGGCCGGUCCCAGCGAAAACGACGCCAUCCUCGUGGUCGUUGACCGACUCACGAAAAUGGCGCACUUCAUCGCCUGCCAACAGACAAUCACAGCCGAACAAACCGCGCGACUGUUCCUCACGAACGUCAUCCGACUGCACGGACUGCCCUCCGCCAUCAUUUCAGACCGAGACCCGAAAUUCACAUCGAAAUUCUGGCGCCACCAGUGGGACCAAUUCGGCACCAAACUCCAAUUUUCAUCCGCCUACCACCCACAAACCGACGGGCAGACCGAACGCGUCAACCAGACCAUGGAGCAACUGAUUCGCACUACCUGUACUGACCCAUCAACAUGGGAGCAAUCUCUUCCGCUGCUCGAAUUCGCGUAUAAUAACGUGACCUCCGCCACAACCAACCAGUCCCCAUUCUUCCUCAACUACGGACAUGACCCAUUUCAUAUCUGAAACUGUUAGAAUAACUACUUCUAAGUGGG